AUGGAUGCCAAAAAAUUUAUGCAGUUGGUUGAGGAGAAAAAGAAGAGAGUAUUGGCGAAGAGAGAAGCCCCCUUGAAAUGGGAGCAGAAACUUGAAGCUGCUGGCAAGGCAAAAGCUGAUGCUGAAGCCAAAGAGAGGAAGGCGAAGGCUGCUAAGCACAAGAGAAGAUCCAUGUCAGGGUCAGAUAGCGAUAGCGUCUCAGACAGUGGUGGUGAGGAGAGGAAGAGGACUAAAAAAUCCCACAAGAGAAGAAAGCAAAACCAUUCCAAUUCAGGCGACCAUGAGAAGAGGAAGGAUAAGAGAUCCAAGCACAAGCCAAGGAGGCGAUCCUCCAGUUCUGAUUAUAGCAGUGAUGAAUAUGAUAGCGAUUCAGAAGAGGAAAUAAAGAAGCAUGACCACAAGAGACACAGGCAUGUUCAUACAAGUUCUGAUUCUAGUGCCUAUGAGAAUGAUUAUGCUGUCAGAAAAAGAAAUAGGACAAAGCAUCACAAACAUCAUCGGCGGACUGAGUCUAGACAUCCAGAAUCUUCAAAUGGUGAUGAUAAUGAUGAUGAUGCAACCAAAAGAAGAAGCCAUGCAAAACAUCAUAAACAUCAUAGACCGGUAGACUCGAGUUCACAUUUUUCCAGCGAUGAGGGGACUAAGAGAAGGAAGAGUCAUGCAAGACACAACAAAUCUCAUCGUCAAGCGCAUGAUCACGACUCUUCAGAUUCUUAUGAACAUGGACGUGGCAGGAGGAGCAGAUCUCUGGGGAAUUCAUCUGAUGACAAUGAUGAACCAGGUAGGAAAGAAAAGCACAGGAGUCAUCAUCGACGUGGUCAUCACCACCAUCAGUGUAAGAAUGGACACCACCAUACGAGUGAGCUGCAAGAGGAUGAAGAUCCAGCUCAGCAGCCUGCAGAACCCAAUGGCGAACGUGUAGAACAUGUUUCUGAGGCAAAUAUGCAUGGUCAUAUGAAUCGACAUGGUCAAAAUCCUUAG